UUCUUCUCCAUUUCACCCAAUGUACAAACGUCUCUUCUCAGGGAUUCGAAUGGGUAGCCUGGGCCUCUUUCUCCAGUGCAUAAUCUCCAUCAUCUUCUCGACAAUCAUGGACCGGAUGGUGAAGCAGUUUGGGACACGAAUGGUCUACCUAGCCAGUGUGGCCUUAUUCCCGUUGAUGGCCAUCAUCAUGUGCUUCUCUCAGAGUGUUGUCAUCGUCACUGUUUCUGCCGCCCUGACAGGUUUCCCUUUCUCAGUGCUGCAGAUCUUGCCGUACACACUGGCAUCGCUUUAUCAUCAUGAAAAACAGAUAUACUUGCCCAAAUAUAAAAGCAAAGAAGAAGAUGCAGCUCAGCUGGAGAAGAAACACGGCUUCCUCAAGAGCCACCUUCCUGGACAAAAAGUGACCUACCAGAAUGGACACGGCGGAAGCCUUUUCUCCCCACCUGUUGCAGGAUCUGCUCUGUGCGUCAGCUCGCCCUGUGAGGUCUCUCUCAUCAUGAUGGUGGGAGACUCGGACACUGCAGCAGCAGCAAGCAGAGGCAUCUGUUCAGACUUGGCCAUCCUGGACAGUGCAUUCCUCCUUUCUCAGGUCAUCCCGUCCCUCCUCAUGGGCUCCCUUGUCCAGUUCACACAGUCGGUUACCGCUUACAUGGCAUCAGCUACUGGCUUUGGGCUCGUGGCCAUUUACUUUGCAACCAAAGUGAUCUUCGACAAAAGUGACAUGGCCAAGUACUCUGUGUAGGAUGGGGGAAAGGCUGCUGAGGGAAUUUCGCACAUUGAAACGGGUCAAUCAAGAAGAUUCAAGUGGUGCACAUUGCGGCCUCUUUCUCCCUGCCAGGUUGUGCUGUAAUGAGACAUGUGCAAAAGAAAAGAAAGAAAAAGAAACCUGGCUCCCUCUGGUUGAAGGAAAAGCAGUACUAGGCUGAUCUCAGGGUAUCUAAUGAAAGAGAGUCUGGUAUACUGUUGUCUGUUUCUCCCUAAUGCUUUCAUUGAAGUGCCUCUGCACAGAAGCCCACAGCAGACGCUUGCGGGUGUGAAAAGUAAAAUACCAUCCUUUCUACAACAGGGUACUUGCUCCAAUAGCUUUCUCACAUGGCGUGGCGGGAUGGUGACACAGUGCAGGGAGGGACCAAAGCUGUAAUUAACCUCACUUCUCAAGC